UAUUUUUGUAUUCUCAUUCCUUAUUCUUCUUAUUGCACACAAUGAAGGACACACCCCUGUCAAACAACGAACGCUCGUUUGUGCAAGGCGCAAUGAAGAGCGGUCUGCGCGUCGAUGGCCGCGGGGUUUACGACUUUCGCCGCAUUCGCAUUGCUUACCAGCCAGAGCGAGGUCACGUCGAAGUCCAGCUGGGCCGGACGAGAGUCAUGGUACAAGUCUCGUGUGAGCUUACAAAGCCAUUCCCAGAUCGCCCUGCUGAAGGCGCAGUGCAGUUUAACGUCGAACUCUCGCCGAUGGCCAGCCCGGCAUUCGAACCGGGUCGGCCUUCAGAACAAGCCAUCGAACUGUCCAGAAUGGUCGAGCGAGUAGUCAAGGACUCGAAUGCCAUUGACACGACCUCGCUCUGCGUGAUUAGCGGCGAAGCGGUCUGGAACAUUCGUGUGGACUUGCACGCGCUGGAUCACGACGGAAAUCUGAGCGACGCAUUGUGCAUGGCUGCGCUUGCAGGGCUGAUCCACUUCCGCAAGCCAGAGGUCUCGAUGCCUUCCCUCAGCUCUGGCGACGAGUCGGUUGCGGGCAACCUCAUCAUCCACGACGUGCGCGAGCGCGAGCCGCUGCCCCUCAGCGUUCACCACAUGCCGCUCUGCGUCACAUUUGCGUUUUUGGACGAUGGCGAGCACAUGGUCGUCGAUCCGACCUUCCAGGAAGAGCGCGUUGCAGAGGGCUACCUGAUUGUGGCCAUGAACAUUCAUCGAGAAGUGUGCGCAGUCCACAAGCAUGGCUCUGUCCUGCUCGACGCUUCUCAGAUUUCGCGGUGUACAAAGAUUGCUGCUAUCAAGGUCGCGGAGAUGACGGAGCUGCUACAAAAAUCGAUCGACGAGGAAGAGCAGUUGCGGGCAAAUCGACGAGCAGGCAAAGCUCCUGCUGCGGCCAAGUCCAACAAGUCGACCAUCUUUGAGUAUCAAGGAUCGAUUGUUCAAUAAACAGAGUUUGUGAUGACAA